AAGUGUCAAUUUUAUUUUCCAGGUAAGAAAUGAUGAAGGAAAGGUGAUCCGCUUUCACUGUAAACUUUGUGAAUGCAGUUUUAAUGAUCCUAAUGCCAAGGAGAUGCACUUAAAAGGGAGGCGACACAGACUUCAGUAUAAGAAAAAAGUAAACCCAGAUCUACAAGUAGAAGUAAAGCCCAGUAUUCGAGCAAGAAAAAUUCAAGAAGAAAAGAUGAGGAAACAGAUGCAGAAAGAAGAAUACUGGAGAAGGAGAGAAGAGGAAGAACGCUGGAGGAUGGAAAUGAGACGAUAUGAAGAAGACAUGUACUGGAGGAGAAUGGAGGAAGAGCAGCAUCACUGGGAUGAUCGUCGCAGAAUACCAGAUGGAGGAUAUCCUCAUGGUCCUCUAGGACCUCUUGGCCUGCUGGGAGUUAGACCAGGAAUGCCUCCUCAGCCCCAAGGACCAGCUCCUCUACGCCGCCCUGACUCCUCUGAUGACCGCUAUGUGAUGACCAAACAUGCAACAAUAUAUCCAACAGAGGAGGAACUGCAGGCAGUCCAAAAAAUUGUUUCUAUUACCGAGCGUGCUUUGAAACUUGUUUCUGACAACAUGACUGACAUGAAAAGAACAAGAGCAAAGAGGGAGAUGCUAAAAAAGACAGCAGUAAAGACAGAGCUUUGAAAGGAGUUUUACGGGUAGGCGUUCUGGCUAAAGGUUUGUUGCUCCGUGGAGACAAAAACGUCAAUCUUGUUUUGUUAUGUGCUGAGAAGCCUUCAAAGAAUUUACUCAGCCAUAUUGCUGAAAGUCUUCCCAAACAACUCGCAGUAAGUAGUGUUUAGAUUUUAUUAUUUGAUUUUU